CGUUUUAUUGAAGAAGGUCUGCAAAUGAAAGAUUUUUCUCACCCCAACGUUAUGAGUGCUAUUGGCAUUUGCUGGAAUCGAGACAAUCGUGAAAGAUCACCACGCAUUGCUCCUCUCAUUGUCUUGCCUUACAUGGAACUUGGUGACUUAAAAGCUUUUCUCAGAAACAUGCGCUUACAGGAAAUGACAAAUGUCGAAGUCUCGUUGCUGUUAAAGUUUGCUCUACAAAUAGCAAAGGGUAUGGAGUACUUAGCUAGCAAACUUGUUCUCCAUCGAGAUCUUGCCACUAGAAACUGCAUGCUAGAUUGGAAUACAAAUGUACGAGUAGCAGAUUUUGGUUUAUCUCGCGUCCUGGUUGAAGGCAAAGACUAUUAUCGUGUACAAACGCAAAUGGAGCUCCCUCUAAGGUGGAUGGCUCCAGAAAGUUUAAGUCAACGUCUCUUUACUACACAGUCAGAUGUUUGGUCUUAUGGUGUCACUAUUUGGGAAGUCAUGGCUCUUGCAGAAGUUCCAUAUCCUGAAAUUGGUAACCGCGAUGUUCUCUCUUACAUAACAAGUGGUGGAACGAUGUCGCAGCCCAGAAACUGCCCACCAGAAAUAUACAAUAUCAUGAAUCAAUGCUGGCAGAUGGAAGCCAACGAUCGCCCUACAUUCAGCACAAUUGUGAAAGAAAUGGAAUCAUUUCUGACUUUGCACAGAGGCUACUUAACUUUAGAUGAUUCACUUCAGCCGCUGGGAAGUAAAUUCGCCUUUUUCCAGCAAACAGAUAUGGAUGAUGUUGAUGUUACCUCUGCCAAUGAGAAAGAUGUCGACUUGGGGACUCCAACGGAAAGCAGCAGUAUGAAUCAUGACGUUUGUGAUAGAGAGUCUUCUUUAGAAGUGUUAAUGUCAUGA